UACCGGAGGCAGCCUUCUCCCUGCCGCCCCCACUAGUUUGGAUGGCAUGUGCGCAGGUUGAUUCGGCUAGGAGGGAGGGUGGCUCUCAGUGCGGGCGGGCUGACCCUGCGGAGGAACACGCAUGUGUAGGGCUUGGUUUGAGUUUGAAUGAAGAGGCGGGUCCAGUCUGUCAGCCGUAGUUUUCCCCGUGGUCGAAUGGUCCAGGAUUCGGGAACCGUUCUGGGAAGGACAGCUGCAUCUUCUAACAACUUUACACCAUCUGCAUAUUGUGGCUGUUGCUUUUACAAAACAUAAACAUGUUCUUGCUGACAGAGCCGUGAUUACAAGAGAACAAGAAGAUUGAUUGUAUUUCUUUGAAAGCUCAGAAUACAGCACUGACUAUGCGCAGACAAUCUAGACAAAUUAUAAACACUGUUGCUGACAUCAAAGAAAAUAUGAAAGGAAUUAUUGAAGAAGAUAGCGAUAUUUCUUCUAUGUCUGUUUCAAAAAACAAGAUUGUCAGAGUGGAUGAAUCAAAAAGCACAAAGGUUUCAGAAAUGGAAAAUUUAAAUGGCAGGAGCCCCACAAAUGUGCAGAAACCCAGAGUGAAAUGCAACAAAUAUGUGAGAAGAAAAUCAUAUCAGACUAGUAAGGAUGAUAGUAAUCCGACAGUUAAUGAAAGCCUUUCUGUUAAACAAAAAGGAAACUUUCUUGAACCUUCCUUAUCCCUUUUGACAUUAGACAAACUGCAAAGUCCUUUUUCAGAAGGGAGACGUACAUUUUUGGAUGCUGCAUGCUAUCUGACGCCAAACAAAGGUGAAGCAGAUGUAAAACCUAAUUGUGGAACCUUGGAGAAACUAAUGAAGAAACCUAUUGAUUUUGCUAGUGUAACAAUAGCUGAAUUUGGGAUUACUCCAGAAUCUUUUACUUCUAAGCCAUCUGUAGGGAAAUCCAUGGCUUUAAAACUUAGGCGCAGAUCUACAAUUGGAGUACGGGGUUCCCCUGAAAAUAAUAGCCUUAUUCGAUACCUUGCCCAACAAAGGAGGAACAGAACAGAAGACCCUUUCACAAAGCAGGCCAGCCCUUUUAAACAUCAAAAUGUUGGCUCGCUAAAGGAUAAAAUAUCUGCCUUCCAAUCAUCUUUUCAAUCAGCGCAAGAGGACGAAGAGAGGGCUUGCUUUUCUGGGCUCUCGCAGGAGGAGAGUGUGUCCCAGGGAACAGUCUAUUCUCAGAACAAACCGCCUUUUACAAAACAGCAUGAACAGUCUCAGUUGAGCGAAAAGUUCGCAUCUGAACGCAAGAGUGUUGCCUACAGGGAAAACUUGAAAGAAAAAUUAACUAAUGGUGAUAAAACUGCAGCUAGUAUCCAGGUAUGCAAGAUUGUCUCUCCACCAGAGGAGGUGCCCAUCAUUGAAACUACUACUGCUACAAUUUCAAAGGAAAUUCCCUGUAUGCCACCAGUUACUGAAUCUGGAAGCUUAUCUUCAGAGAUUAUUCCACUAACGGGCAUCCCAAAGACACCACGCAACAUUACUUCUGAGUAUAUCAGUGAAGAAGUUGGAGGUAAUACUGGAUCACAGCUAAGCAGAAAGAAAGUUACCUUUGUAGAAGAACUGAACUUGGAGAUAUUUGAUGAAACCAUGCCACUUGUUACGCCACCACAAAAGGGAAACCUUCCAUCCAGUGAACAAUCCCAUAACGGCUCCUCCUGCCUUCGAUCUGUUCUGAAGAAAACACCAGUAAAACUACUGAUGGAAAAUGUGAAGGAACUCGUAAGCAAUACUACUGGCAUGGAAGAAAAUGAACCUCUUUUAUUCUCCGAUCUCUCAAGAAGUUGUGAAGAACUGCAAACAGAUAGAAGCAAUACUAAAACAAUAGACACAACAGAUGUGUACAGCUCUGAAAAGCCAAUGAAGAGAAAGAAGGUUACUUUUGGAGAGGAUCUAAGCCCAGAAGUAUUUGAUAAAACCUUGCCUGCAAAUACACCAUUGCGUAAAGGAGCAACCCCAAUCAGUAACCCAGGAUCACAAAGCGAUAGCCCUUCCACAGUAAUAAGUCCUAUGAGAGAACCUUUAUCCCAGCCAAAUUUUGAUGACUGUGAUGGUGAUGAUGAAUAUGUUAAGCCUCUUCAAGAGUCUGUAGCAGUCCCUGAGAAUAUGAAUGAUAUUAAUUCCUCUGAUAACAAAAACUCUUGUACCAGAAUAACCCGGUCCUCUACUAAAAGAAAGUAUAGCAACAUUUCAGAAGAGAUUGGUGUUACCAUCUCGACAGAUAUAACAGCGAAAAAUGCCCAAGAUAUUAAAAAUCUAAGAAAGAGCAACGUUCAAAGAGGAAAGGAAAACAAAUCUGUUCACAAAAGGAUACCAAAGGUAAAAUUUAAAGGUUAUGGAGGAAAAAGAGGAAAGAAAAAGGUAGAAAAAUCCUUGUAUGGUCAGAGAGAAGUAGCUUCCAAGAAACCUCUUUUGAGCCCAAUUCCUGAGAUCCCAGAAGUCUUCUCUUCUGUACCAUCUUCUCCAAACUCACCUAAGACACACAUUCUGCUCUUCUCAGAUUAUUCCAAAUCCAACAAUGCACACAUAGGAUCUAUGAAUGAAGUUGUUGAACAGAAAAAAGUGAUUGGAAGAAUCAAAAGGAAAGUGCCUAUAACAAACAAAUGUCCCAACACUAAAGAACUUGACAUUGUAGAAGCUGGCAGCACCAGUGGCAUCGAGUGUCUAUCAUCAGACAGUGGCCCUGGUCCUGGUCCUGCUUCAACCAUUAAUAUUGAGGUGCUUAAUAUACAGGAAAACAUCCAAACAGAAAAUGAACGGGGAUCACCCUUCGUGUCACUAGAACAGAAAGAGAGUGAUGUUUGUGUGAAUAAGCAGACCAGUGAAGAAGACAGCAAUGCUGAGACCAGCUGUCAGCAGUCUGAGCCCAGUUCACCUAUCAUUAUAAAAUCAAAUUCUCUUUUGCCACUACUAAACAGUAUUACACAAGAAAGUAAGAGUACUUCCCCACUUGAUACAUCGGGCGACAAAGAACAUGAAAAAGCGAGAGAUGUCUUAAUAGAAAAUGGAUGUGUACUGGAAAGUGAUCAUCCUUCAAAUAACUCAGAGAUGCUAAAGGAGCUAGAGUUCUUAAACCUGCAGGAGAUCAGUGUAAGUGAAAAUACUCAAACUGGACGUUCUGUAACAGACUUUGCAAGAGAACUAACAGCUGACAGUGAUGCCAGUCUUAAAAGGUUCAAAAGGUCUUCAGUAAAAGGCAAGAGAAGCACAAUGUACCUUUCUGAACUUGAGAAUCUCCAUUUUGAAGCAUCUGAAAACAAUUUCUCUAGCUCCUAUUCUAAGGAGCAAGAACCCCGAAUAGAAAAUGACUCAGAAAUGUUUUGUGAUCUACAUUACUCUAUAGAACAGUCCUUCUUGAAGAUGAGUGAAGGUCAUGAAAAAAAGGUAAGACGCAGUAUGAGGCUGCAUAAAAAUGCAGAAAAUGAGGGACUUGUGUGGAUUAAAAUACCUAUUGAGAUUCACAAGAACUCUUUGUCAGAUUCUGCUUACAAAUCAAGGAGGACGAUGGAUGCAUCCAUCUUUAAAGAAUCUGAGAACAUUCAUCAAAGACAAGAAAAUUGGAUCCAAUUUUCAACUUUGGGGAAAGAGAACAAUGAGUGUGUUCCUGUUGCAGGGGGUUCUUGCAAAACACACAGGAGGAGCAUGUGUACAUCCACUUCCCACGAAACCAAAAAUAUAACUCAAACACGGAAAAAGAGAAGGGCAAGCCUUGUGUACAAUGAUAAACAUUACCAAAAGGAGUCUGAAGUGGAAGCAUCCUUUGAGAGCCAUCCUAAUGCCUCGGCAAAUUGAGCCAUCCAAUUUUUUUUAAAAGAAGAUUUCAAAAACAAGCUAACAAAUAGAGAUCGUCUACAACUAACAUAACAGUGAAGAAAGCUCCUGCUGGGGUGCAGACUUUUCCCAUGUUCUGCAGAGACUUUGCUUUACCAUCUUGGCACCAGCAGGUCUGGAGCUCCCAGUGCUAUGGACUUGUAUAUUUUACAUUCGCACUAAUCUUUAAGAAAUACCAAUUUCUGCAGAAGUAUUGAUAAGCAUGUUUAAUCUUUAAAACAGAAAGUGUUGUAUACAGUAAUGUUUAAGGUUAAACUGGCUAGAAAAGAAUAUGAACAUGUCCAGAAAAUGAAGUACAGUACUGCAUUGUGAAUGUUUUAAAUACUCAGUGUAUAUGUACCCAAUACAGUACUCAGUAGUUGACCUGCCAUCUUGCUGUUUGCUUAUUUCUAGUUUGAGCUAUAGAAUGUAAAAUUUUGAUUAUGGUCUACUUAACACAAUCAGUAUUGUUUUCAUGUUUCAUGCUGUUCUACUUCAACUGUGAGGUGAAAUAUGCCAGCUUUUAAAACAGUUUCUUAAUAUUGAAAAAUCAUCUCUGUUGUAAACUUGUUUGACCGCUUUGAGCUGGAAUAAAAUUUCUUAAGUACUUUUGGUAAAGUUAGAAAAUCACAUUAAAACACUGUCUGUCUUAUCCUACCUGCAGAGGAUGCCAGUCUUUCAGAACAAGAACUACUCAGGCAACUUUGCAAGAAACUUCAUCAAAAGAUAUCAUUUGUAUUGUACUGUUGAUGAAGAACUGUCACUGAAAUCAGGACCCAUCCACUUUCUUUUACUGUUUCAUCAACCCUUUUUUUCAAAUCUUCAUUAACUAAAUGUUUGCACGUUUAUCUGCUCUUCCUGUCCUCCACAUUUUUGGAACUUGAACUCGUUUCUGGAAGAGAGUAGAAUAUGUUCUCUCAAAUGUUAACAAAAUUAAAUCUACCACAAUGAAAAUUUUAGACUUUGGUUUAGAAGAUAUGAGCAUAUUCAAUUAAAUUUUGUUGGAAUAGCAAUAUCUUUGUUUUACCUGCAGAGGGCAGUGUGGCAUGAAUUUUGCAUUGGGGUAGACUAGACAAACCAAACUUCUUUGUGAAAACUGUCAUGGAUUUAAAAAAAAAUCUUGAAACACUUCCCGGACCAGAAUACUGAAAUGUCAUAAUCACUUGU